GGCAAGGUCGUCUGUCCGCGCCUAGCCUCCGGGCCUAUCUCUCCAGGGCUCCUUUUGCUUGGGAGCUCACCUAGGCGCGUACCCCGGGUCCCGCAGUCCUCCCCGGAACCCGCCCCCGCGCAGCCCUGGGUCGCCCGGGGAGCGCGCCUCGCCGCGCGCGCCCCUGCCCGCGCCCGCGGCGCGUCCCCGCCCCGGUACAGCCCCUCCUCCCCGCUGUGUUUAUUAGGGGAAGGAGGGCGGAGGCGGAGGCCAGUUCCCUAGCUCCAGCCGCCGUCGCCGUCGCCUGUGCAGUUGCAGCCGCGGCCGUCUCCCGCCAGCUCGCUCCGGGGAAAGAGAACGUGCGCGAGCUCCGGCGUCCCCGCCCUAGCUUUUCCCGGAGCCAUGAAUCCCAACUGCGCCCGGUGCGGCAAGAUCGUGUACCCUACGGAGAAGGUGAACUGUCUGGAUAAGUUCUGGCAUAAAGCAUGCUUCCACUGCGAGACCUGCAAGAUGACACUCAACAUGAAGAACUACAAGGGCUAUGAGAAGAAGCCCUACUGCAACGCACACUACCCCAAGCAGUCCUUCACCAUGGUGGCCGACACCCCGGAAAACCUCCGCCUCAAGCAACAGAGUGAGCUCCAGAGUCAGGUGCGUUACAAGGAGGAGUUUGAGAAGAACAAGGGCAAAGGCUUCAGCGUGGUGGCAGACACACCCGAACUCCAGAGGAUCAAGAAGACCCAGGACCAGAUCAGUAACAUAAAAUACCACGAAGAGUUCGAGAAGAGCCGCAUGGGCCCCAGCGGGGGUGAGGGCCUGGAGCCGGAGCGCCGAGAUCCCCAGGACACUGGCUACCGGCGGCCCCAGGAGCAGCAGCCUCACCACAUCCCAACCAGCGUCCCAGUUUACCAGCAGCCCCAGCAGCAGCAGGCAGCCCAGUCCUACGGUGGCUACAAGGAGCCUGCAGCCCCAGUCUCCAUACAGCGCAGUGCCCCAGGCGGGGGCGGGAAGCGGUACCGGGCCGUGUACGACUACAGUGCCGCCGACGAGGACGAGGUCUCCUUCCAGGACGGGGACACCAUCGUCAACGUGCAGCAGAUCGACGACGGCUGGAUGUACGGGACCGUGGAGCGCACCGGCGACACAGGGAUGCUGCCGGCCAACUACGUGGAGGCCAUCUGAGCCCGCCGGGCGCCGCCCGCCCCAUCCGUCUUCAGUGCAUUCCGCAGCAUCGCAUCCGUCCUGGGCGUGACCUGUCCACCCUUUGGUGUCUCUGUUUUUUAAAAUCUGCAACAGCUUGUUUAUUCUCCCCCUCUUCCAGCUUCUUUUGCCAACUGAAGCCUUGUUCUGCCACUUUCGCGGCUCCUUCCUCUGGCAGGUUUUCCCCUUGACCAACUUCUUGGUUUUCUCUCUGGAUGGAACAGGUGUGGACCGCUCUGGGGGAAGCCGAGGCCCGUGGGGCUGGUCUGGGGGGGCGACCCGUCAGCUCCCAGGCCUCUGCCUUCUCUCUUUACUGCCCCAUCAGCCGCUCCUGCCCACCUCCUCACACACCCAAACAUUCCAGGCUGGGGUGAGCCCCAGACCCCCAGGACUCCCAGGGCGGCCGGGAGUUGCUCCCC